UGAUGGGAUGGCAAUACAUUAAGGUGCUGACUAAACCGACCGAAGGAACGAAGAAACUGACUGACUAAUCUGCUAAACAACUAAAUUUUUGUUAUCGCCAUUACGUGUUUUACGUGAUACUUUGCAUUAUAGUAUUAAUCAGUGGAUUUAUAAUAAUAAUUGUUUUGUAAAAUGGAACACCAAGGCGGCAGUUCUGUACCCCGAGUAAGUGACAAACGAUUAGCGCAGACCCAGGCGCAAGUCGAUGAUGUUAUAGGUAUAAUGCGUGUUAACGUCGAGAAAGUUUUAGAAAGAGAUCAAAAGUUAUCGGAUUUAGACAACCGAGCAGAUGCUUUACAGCAUGGAGCAGCGCAAUUUGAACAGCAAGCUGGUAAACUGAAAAACAAGAUGUGGUGGCAAAAUGUAAAAAUGAUGUUGAUAAUUGGUGCCAUAGGCGCAGUGCUGCUAAUCAUUAUAAUUGUGUGGGCUACCAGUGGAUCUGGUAAUAGUGCUACAAAUGCUCCCGCCGUACCGCCACCACCAGCAGAUUCGGGUCGAUAAGCUUUGUAUUUACAGAUGACAACAAUGAAAGUGGAUGAAUUAUUAAUAACAUGUAACUACGGAAUUACAUCUGAACUGUAUAACAAUAUUCACACAGAGACCAAAUUACGAUUAAACUAUAUAUUUUUUACUUGGAGUAUACACAAAACACUGCUCUAAACAUAAAGACUUGUAUUUCUACAUUUACAAAUUUACUAGGAAAUAUUUGAUAUACAUCUACAAAUUUAUAUAUAAAAA